GGUAAAAAUUCAAAAACCAGCUUACAACUUAUAAAAUGAAGUUGAUUUCCUCCGAGUCCCAGUCUCCAACAGGAUGAAAUAUUUAGUAGUUGCAUUUACUACAGUUUCAUGCAUUUCUGCAUUUUCACAGCCCGAUUAUAUCAAACCGUGCUAUGUCACAAAGCCCGAUUUUAAUAAAUGUGCAUUGGAGCACGGCAACUAUGCCAUUCCAUAUCUCGUCAAAGGCGACAAACAACGGGGAGUGCCCAAGAUGAAUCCAAUGAAACUGCCUUUGGUCGAAGUGAUCGAAAGUAACUUUAGACUAGCUAUGAAAGAUUUAAGUGUUUACGGGUUGGAAAAUUCAACUCUGACUGAUAUUAAAAUGAAUCAAACAUAUCUUGAACUCACGUUUCAUGUCGAUAGACUAAUGUUUAUCGGACAGUACGAAGUUAAUGGGAAAAUUUUAUUUUUGUCCCUACAAGGCUCAGGGCCUUGUAAUUUAACCUCUAUUGGAGGUAACUUUAAAUUUAUUAGUAUUUUGCAAGAUUAUACUGAAGAAAAGGAGACUUUUAUAAAAUUCAACAAACCCAAAAUGGAGUACACUCUAGAAAGAGCAUAUUUUUACUUAGAGAAUCUCCUUGAUAGUAGCGACCAGCAAAUCGGGAUUGACAUUAAUAGAAUAUUGAAUGAAAAUUGGGAAGACGUUCUCAAAGACAUAGACGUUCCUCUGAAAGAAACAGUGACGACGGUGGUCGAGUCAGUCGUUUCAAAAAUCCUCAGAAACAUUCCAGCAAAAAUGAUAUUUCCUGAAUAAUCACCAAUCUGUUCACUAAUCAUUAUCAAUAAUUAUCAUUAAAUGUUCUCAUUUGCAA